GUAAAGGUGGCUAUGCUCCUUGGCUUCCACAAGGUCAAAGUUGUGACAGUUCUAUGAGAAUGUAAAAUAAAAUGCCGCGAAAUUCAAAUAUGUUUAAUAAGGUUAUGUUUCAACUGUUGACAUUAUUUGAAAUAUUGAUGUAAUAUUUGUGCUGAUUAAAUUUGUAUGUAUUAUUAGUAAAUAAUAUUUGUGCUGAAUUAAUGUUACAAGACAUUCAUAAUAUAAAUUGCUGUCAGAGUAAUCUAGUAGAUGUUCUUAAACUAUAUAAGGCCUACAAUAUUUUGAGAUUAUUAUUUACUAUAAAUCUACAUAUUAUUUUAAAACUAUUUCGGCUAAAAUAGGAAUAUAUAAUGGAACAUAUAUGCACGGAGUGUACGCUCACAUUCUCAAAACAUUCUAAUUUAAGAAGUCACCUGAAAACGUUUCAUCCUGAUAAACUGGACAUAAUUGCACCCAACAAAACAUUUAAGUCUAUUGUACUUUGUAACAAAUGUCCCAAAAGGUUCUCUAAAUAUUCCAAUUUAAAAAGGCAUGUCACUAAGUUUCAUCCAGAAAAUAUCAACGAGCUGACUUCAUCUAAGAUUUGCCCAUAUCAAUGCAGUGAAUGCCAGAAAAAGUUUUCACAUUUACAAAAUCUUAUAAAACAUAAAAAAAUUCAUGCAAAAGACAGUGAUAUUGGAAAAAAGCAACAAAACUUCAAGUGCAUGAACUAG